UUGGGUCAGCUGACUGUCCCGGAUGCUGGGGUGUACAACUUGGACUUGAUGCCUCGGUGACAGAGAGUGUAGGGAAUGUAAACACCAGGCAGGAAUUCCCUCGGAAAUUCAGGUUCGUCCGGAAAACUUGCUGUUAGCUUAGAAGGCGUGUCCAAAAAUAGGCAAAGGGCCCCGGCGUUAACAUUGGCUGUCGGCGGAGGAAAGCCGGCGCUCCCGAACAUCUGGCGACAAUGCCGAAGGAUGCCCCUGCCGCCAAACCUGUUCGACGCCAUCCCCGGUCGAUGUGUCAUGGAGAGAGGGGGAAUCAGGAGCAAGUUACUGUUCGAAGUUUCUCCCAGGAGUUUCCCUACAGGGGGACUGAGGUAGCAUUAUGCAGACGGUAGCCGCGUUCUCGCUGUGAGUGAACGGCGAAGAUGCAGUAUUUUUUGCAUAAAUAUUUUUGGCCCGUUUCCACGGUCAUUUUAAGUGCGUCUAAAGAUGUCCGAUUGUGUCGAUAUUGAAGAGAAACCGCCUGCCCCCCCGUUGAGAAUGAACAGCAACAACAGAGAUUUUUCCACGGCGAAUCACGGCUCCAAACCGCUCCCGAUGGCUCCCGAAGAGAAAAACAAGCGGGUCCGAUUGCGAUCCAUCUUUCCUGGGGGAGAUAAAACCAAUAAGAAGAAAGAAAGGGAACGUCCUGAGAUAUCUCUGCCCUCUGAUUUUGAGCACACGAUACAUGUCGGCUUCGACGCAGUGACCGGGGAGUUCACCGGGAUCCCCGAACAAUGGGCGCGGCUCCUCCAGACCUCCAACAUCACCAAGCUGGAGCAGAAGAAGAAUCCGCAGGCCGUGCUGGACGUGCUCAAGUUCUACGACUCUAAAGAGACAGUCAACAACCAGAAGUACAUGAGCUUCACGUCCGGAGACAAAUCAGCACAUGGUUACCUGGCGACCAACACACUGAACCGACUCCUGUCCUCUGGGCCUCCAGUCAGCCUUAGAACCUGCAACGCUUUAUCUGACAAGGGUACCAAGACAGCAUCAGAGCCCCCAUUAGCACCACCUGUGUCGGAGGAGGAGGACGAAGAGGAAGAGGAGGAUGAGGAAGAGGACGACAAUGAACUUCCGCCGGUCAUUGCUCCUCGGCCGGAGCACACCAAAUCGAUCUACACGCGAUCCGUCAUAGAGCCGGCGGCGCCCGCGGCCCCCGUGAAGGAGGUCACCACCCCCCCGGAGACACAGGGUCCCGAGAACACCUCCACCAGCCUGUACCGGCAUACCGACCGGCAGAGGAAGAAGUCCAAGAUGACAGACGAGGAGAUUCUGGAGCGGCUGAGAAGCAUCGUCAGCGUGGGCGACCCAAAAAAGAAGUACACGCGUUUCGAGAAAAUAGGACAAGGGGCGUCUGGGACUGUGUAUACAGCCAUCGAUAUUGCCACGGGUCAGGAGGUGGCCAUCAAGCAGAUGAACCUGCAGCAGCAGCCGAAGAAGGAGCUGAUCAUCAACGAGAUCCUGGUGAUGAGGGAAAACAAGAACGCCAACAUCGUCAACUACCUGGACAGCUACCUGGUUGGGGAUGAGCUAUGGGUGGUGAUGGAGUACCUUGCCGGAGGUUCCCUCACAGAUGUGGUGACUGAAACCUGCAUGGACGAAGGCCAGAUCGCCGCUGUCUGUCGAGAGUGCCUUCAGGCUCUGGACUUCCUGCACUCCAACCAGGUCAUCCACCGAGACAUCAAGAGCGACAACAUCCUGCUGGGAAUGGAUGGCUCCGUGAAACUCACCGACUUCGGCUUCUGUGCCCAGAUCACCCCCGAACAGAAUAAGCGCAGCACUAUGGUGGGCACGCCCUACUGGAUGGCCCCCGAGGUCGUGACCCGGAAGGCGUACGGCCCCAAGGUGGACAUCUGGUCUCUCGGCAUCAUGGCCAUUGAGAUGGUGGAGGGUGAACCACCGUAUCUGAAUGAAAAUCCGCUCAGGGCCCUGUACCUAAUCGCAACCAACGGGACACCUGAGCUCCAGAACCCGGAGAGGCUGUCCUCUGUGUUCCGCGACUUCCUCAACCGGUGCCUGGAGAUGGACGUAGACCGGAGAGGCUCCGCUAAGGACCUCUUGCAGCACUCAUUCCUGAAACUGGCCAAACCACUUUCCAGCCUGACGCCCCUGAUCGUAGCUGCAAAGGAUGCCAUUAAGAAUGGCAGCCGUUGAGCCAUGCCUCCCCCCCUUCAACGCAAGACCAUCGAGGAACUCGUACAGGGCAGCAAAAGGACCAAAAUACCCCCAAAUGGAAAACGGACCUCUGCACUUUGGGGAAUCGAAAAGAGCUCAGGCCUUCAUGACACUCAUUUGAGUCCUUGAACUCUUGCAUCUGUCAGACGUGUUCGUGUGCAGCGGGGGAGCGUGGCAUUCGGGGGGGGAAAAAUCCUUCAGCUCGUCCUCUGGAUUCAGAGAAGGGUUCAAGAAGAAAACAAAACUCUAAAACACCUUUGGUGUACAGAAGAGCCUUUUGUUUAGAUAAAGUCUACAGUUUUCUUGUCUCCUCCAUCACCCUUCUAACGAAAUGGACUAUUGGACGUCUUUGCUCACGAGAGACCAACCUUAGAACUACGGAGCCCCCAACAGAGCUACAUGAUCAUGGUCCAUACUGUACCUUCUGUCUGAAUGUGAAGAAGUGUGUGUGAGUGGGUGCCAACGUAUGUGGAUGAGAGAUAGCUUACCUUUUGUGGAAAAGUUUGGGGAAAUCAUUCAUUUUUAUGUUAUUGAAGGAUAUUACUGAUCUGGGAUCAUCAA